CGUAACGGCGGUGGCGGGUCGCUAUGGCCGCAUGUAGUCUGACGCCGUGCACGUUGGCAAUCGUUCUGCUGAUCCUCUUCACUUGGUUGAACAUCGAAGCAGUCGGGUACACGUACCCUUCGACAGCUGUCAAUCACUUCCAAGUGAUUGCCGCCUUGGAGGAGUACACACUCGGUCAGAAAGCCACUGAUGAAGGCAGGAUUGACGAUGCCAUUGCACACUACCAGCAAUCCAUUCAAGCCUAUGCGAAAUUUGGUCCGUCGUACAACAACAUGGGCAUUCUCUUGCAUAAACGUGGUAACAAUGACGAAGCGAAGAGGUCGCACGAAAUUGCGGCAGAGGUGUCUCUUGAAGAAGGGGACUGGGAAACGUUUGCCUCGGCACACAACAACCUAGGGUACUUGGUUCGGCUUGGUCACGCGAAGAGCUACGAAAAGACUUUGCUGGCAGUGCAUCACUUCGACUUGGCCCUGCAGGUGACCCCGCCCAAUUGCACUGUCGGAGUGUACGUUUCGGCCCUGUACAACAAAGGGUCGGCUCUGUAUGGCAUCGGGCAGCUCGACCAAGCGCAGCAACUUCUCCGGCACGUCUUGACCCUUGAUCCAUCUCAUGGAAGCGCACAUUUGGACAUGGGCAACAUUUACUUUCAUCAGGGCCACCUGGACAAAGCACUGUACCAUCAGCACCUCCUCGUGCAGCUCGGCACAACAAUCCGAGAGGUAGUCGGGGCUCUGAACAAUCAAGGUCAGUUUCUCAAAGAGAUCGGUUAUGUCAAAGACGCGCUGGUGUCGCACACGCAAGCCCUGCAUCUCCAACCCACCGACGGCAACACGCUUCUCAACGUUAUCACUGCGAGGCGGCAGUUGUGCUUGUGGGACGACGCUGACGACUGGCACGGUCGCUUGCUGGAGCUCACGAGCGCUUCGUUGCAUGCGUCAACGCUGGACAAACGGCUUGCGAAUCUUCCAGCGCUGCUUCCUUAUGAUGCCACAUUAAUGGCCAUUUCCGACGAGAUGAAGAGGGACAUUGCGGUGUCCAACUCCCUGCAAUGGGAACAGUCCAGCCCGUAUUUUCCCUUGAAAGCGUCCGCAGCGUCAGCCGCUCCACUGACCAAGUUGAACAUCGGAUACUUCGGCUACGACUUUCGGAACCACCCAAUGGGUCAGCUUACAAUCGGAGCCCUUGAGCACCACAACCACUCGCGCAUCCACUUGCACGCGUAUGCGUAUGGCCCGAACGACCUCUCGACCUGGCGCAACCGCAGCGAAGCGGCAUGUGACGUCUUCCGAGACUUGUUUGAAGCGUCGGACGUUGAUAUUGCCGCGCAGAUCCAUGCCGAUGGAAUCCACAUUGCCGUCGAUCUCAUGGCGCACACACGUGGCGCUCGCGUAGGCAUUUCUGGCCUCAAACCCGCGCCAAUUCUCGUCAAUUAUUUAGGCUACCCCGGAACCAUGGGCUCUUCCUUCACGGACUAUGCAAUCGUCGACCGAUUUGUCGUGCCACCGAUGGUCGCCGCCUCCACGUUUACAGAGAAGCUCGUGUACCUCCCGCACACGUACCAAGUCAACAUGUACGAGUGGAGCGUAGACACGGUCGCGAAGCACACGUUUGGCGACCGUUGGUUGUUUGUGUUUUGCAACUUCAACACGAUCAACAAAAUGGAGCCUGUGGCUUUCGGCGUCUGGAUGGCCAUUCUGCGGCGCGUGCCCCAUGGCGUUCUGUGGCUGUUAGAGCCGUCGCGUGUGGAUGCUGGCGUUGUCCGUACCUUCCGGACGGAGGCCGCGGCGCGCGGUGUCAAUCCGGACCGAUUGAUCUUUGCGUCGAGGCUCCCGCACGACCAACACCUCACUCGCCUGCGCAACGCACAUUUGUUCUUGGAUUCCAUCAUCUACACGGCGCACACAACGGCCAGCGACAUGAUCUGGGCGCAUUUGCCAAUCGUGACGUUGUGGGGAUCGACCUUUGCCAGCCGCGUCGCCGGUAGUUUAAUGGACACCGCGUUGGGAUCGACGCUGUGGACGACUCAUUCGAUCAAGGAAUACGAAGACUUGGCUGUGCGCCUCGCGACGACAGACCGCGCCACACUCAACUCUUUCCGAUUCACGCUGGCCCAACGCGCUGCUGUCUCGCCGCUGUUUGAUAGCCGCCGCACGACGUUUCACUUGGAGCACGCGUACGCGUGCAUGGCGAGCUUGGGCAGCGGCCGACUGCAUAUUAUCGUGGACCCGCGCGAUUACAACGCGUUGCAACGGCCAACAUUGCAGGACAUGGUUCAGAGAACGCUGGCACUUCAUGAAAACGGGGACUUUGAAGCGGCCACUCUCGGGUACGCGCGCAUCCUAGCGGUGGAACCAAGCCACCCGGAUGCACUCCACUUGUUUGGACUGGCGCGUUACCAGCAGCACAACUACGGUGACGCGUUGGAUUACAUGUUGGCAUCGUUGCAAGUGGCGAAAAAUGUGGGCUUUUUCCACGGCAAUCUCGGACAAGUCUACCACGCUCUCCACGACUACGCCAGCGCUGCACACGAGUUUGCGACGGCGCUGGCGCUGGACCCGAAUCAACCGCAGGUGUUCCUCAACUACAUGACGCUGCUUCAAGCGACCAAGCAACAGAAUGUCCUUGUGCAAGUGUUUGGCGAGUUCGGGGAGAAAUUGGCGGGAGCGUUGCCGGCUGCGUCGCAAUGGGAUCUGCAGUUCGAAGUCGCGUAUGCUCUAGUUGGCCAAGGCGAGCUUCAAAAGGCCAUGGAUUGCUUGGCAGCGAUCGACGCCAUGACCCCACCCGUGGACAUCCUUGUUCGAGCGCGCUACAACAGCGCUGCGAUUUUGAGCCGCUUGGGGCAGCACGACCAAGCCAACUAUGUCUCGAUGAAGACGGUGCGACUGGAACAUGAGGCCCAACAGGUCCACGCAAACUUGUUGAAGUUUCAUGGAGAGGAUGGCCAUCGCCCUCGGCUUGUCAUAUACUGCUAUGAAUAUGGCCAGGGAUGGUGGGGCGAAUGGGGCCCCUAUUCGACAGAGACUGGGGUCGGAGGCUCCGAGGAAGCAGUAAUUUACAUGUCCAGGGAACUCGUGGCGGUGGGAUAUCGAGUUGAAAUCUUUGGGAAUCCUCCUGAAGCUAUGACGGAUUCGUACGGCGUGCACUGGUUUCCCCACACGUGGUUCGAUCCUGACGAGCCUUCAGAUGUCUUCAUUGCAUGGCGGUACCAUAUUUCGACAGCGUUGGCAUCCCGCGCAAGCGCUGUCUUCGUCUGGCUCCACGACAUGGUUAACGAGGCUUCAUUUACUCCAUCAUAUGUGGAUACGAUCGACGGCAUCUUCUGCCUUUCGCAAGCCCAUGCCGCAGGCUUUGCACCACACGCCAUGGUCAAAAUCAUAUCCACUGGCAACGGACUCGUCCCGUCUGCGUUUGCGAGCCACGGUGCCAACUCCCCGACCCAUUUUGUGUACGGCAGCUCUCCAAAUCGGGGUUUGGAGACUGUUCUCGAGUCUUGGGGCGAUAUCCGCCGUCGCAUUCCGAACGCCACGCUCCAUGUGUAUUACGGGUUCACCCAAGCGUUUGUCCGCUUUGCCCAACCUUCUGAUGCGUGGCGACAGCGCAUGGACAUUCUCUUGCAACAAGACGGCAUCACGUACUACGGUCUUGUGGACCACGACACGCUUGCCAAGGGAUAUGCGUCGGCUGGAUUUUACUUGUACCCCACCACGUAUUUUGAAACGAGCUGUGUGUCGAUCAUGAAAGCCAUGGCGAAUGGCGCCAUUCCCAUUACUUCCAAGCGCGGGGCUCUCCACGAAGUAGUCGCGUCGUUCGAUUUGGGUCCACAAGAAGCAUUGGAAGGGGCCAUGACGGAAGCAUGGAGACUCAAGUGGGUCGACGCUGUCGUCGCCGCCGUCACGUUGGACACGUCGCAACAUCGGCGCGACAUGCAAGUCCAUGCCCAACGGGAAUUCUUAUGGUCCAAAGUCGCGAGGCAGUGGCAACAAGUGUUCAACAGGAUCGACCGACGGUAGCAUUAUACAGGAUACGACCUAGGGGACAAUGCUCUAGCUGGGGGACUACUUGGUGAGUUUGAGGCACCGCUUGCAGUACCAAUCGUCGACCGGAACUUUAUCGAGCUUGGCGCACUUCUAAACAAGAUCAUCACGUGAGUUCAUCCGGUC